GAAAGGUCCAGGCGUCAUGGAGAGGCAACAUCCGGGUACACUUCCACGGCGACGAACAGUGGCACUGCAACAAAGAUACUAAAAUUCCUCUGAUAUUAUUCGAGCUUGAUCAUAUUGCUAUUGCUUUGAAGAAUGUCUUCAUGCCGGAUCAGUCGUUGAGCCUUGGCUAGUACGAAGAAGUGCUUGGCCACCAUAAAUCAUCAUUGAAACAUGUCUCGGUGCGUCUUGGAAAAGAUACCUGGUGGUUACGGGGCGCAAAGCCUUUCGAGGACGCCAUGUCAAGCACGGAGAUUCUUUCUUAUGAGCCGUCGCUCGUUCUCAGCGUCGGCAAGAGCCAGACUAUCUCUGGAGAGAGGUUCACAGGACGUAAAGAAAGCGCAAGCCUACUGCGCGAAUUUGGUCCGCAACUAUGACUCUCCUUCAUAUACUCUGGCUCAUUUCGUCCCUGCUCACGUGCAGCCAGCAUAUUUCGCCAUUCGAGCAUUCAAUAUCGAACUCGCCCGGAUACCCGACGUGGUAUCAAUGCCACAAAUCGGUGCCAUGAGAAUGCAAUUCUGGCGAGAGACGAUCGACAAAGCCUUCAAGCUCACGCCUCCAGAAGAGCCUGUCGCUAUUCUUCUGGCUUCCUAUCUUACUCAGGGUCACAAGCUUAACAAGACCUGGUUCCAGCGCAUAAUUUCGGCCCGAGAUCGCAAGCUCACGCAUUCUGGCUUCACGAACUUGGCCGAACUGGAGUCAUAUGCCGAAUCGACGUACUCGACCCUCCUGUACUUGACUCUUUCGGCACUUCCGUUGAAUUCUGUAACCACGGAUCACCUGGCAUCCCAUGUUGGAAAAGCAGCCGGCAUCGCCGCUGUGCUUCGUGGAGUCCCAUUGCUUGCAUUCCCGCCCCCACCGAAUCAGCAUUCGAACAACCCUGCUGGGUUGGGACUCCCUCCGACACGAGAGAGGCAGGGGUCCAUCACACUGCCCUUGGACGUUAUGUCACAAUGCGGAGUCAGAGAAGAAGACAUCUUCCGAAACGCGUCAGAUGCUACAGGCAUACGCGACGCAGUGUUUGCCGUUGCCACUCGUGCUUCCGACCAUCUAAUCACAGCAAGGACCAUGUUGAAAAUGAUUCGAGAGUCUCAGGGCCCCGAUCAUGACUUUGAACACAUCAAUGACGAGGGCCAUGUGUACAGCGAAUCUGACAACGAUGUUGAGAAGCAGAAAAGGGACAACGAUAAGGGCUUUGGCGUUGUGAUGGGUCCGGCCGUCAGCACGCAAUUAUGGCUCGAUCGGCUGCAAAAGGUAGAUUUCAACAUUUUUGAUGAGAGUCUUCGGCGUAUGGAAUGGAAGUUGCCAUUUGCGGCGUGGUGGCGCAACAGGAGGGGGCAAUUUUAAUGUCCACGAAGACACAGACAGAACUUGUUGAUGUCGG